GGUCUGGCCUCUCAGUUUCUGUGACUAUGGAUGGGUUUCCAUGGCAUUGGCAACUAACAUCCUUACAGGUUUUCAUUGAAAAUUUAAGUCUUGGGGGAAAGUAGUAGGUCGUGGACAAUCCAAAGUACUAAGAUGUUUCUACCUUUCCUGAGGCAGUUAUAGCCUCCUUAAAUUGGGGGUGGGAUAUUUUAAACCAAAGCAGUUAUAUCGGCGCCACAAAGCACACCUGUUCACAGUCAAAGACUCUCCAGAAGCUUUAAACACAGAAGUGUGAGCAGAGAGCGCAGUGGACCGGCAGGGUCGCAGUGGACUGCCCUUCACACAGGCAGGAGGACACUGCCGUCACUGCUGGCAGCUUUUAUUUGCGAUCUCAGGUUGAGGUUAAUAAGGCGAAAAGAAUUUGUCUCUAACUCCUAUUUUCCAUUCCAAACGGGAGGAAAUCACUAUUGAAAAUAAAAACAGUGGGGAAUGUAGCCUCAGAAAGGUCCAAAGCUGUGUUCUCUUUGAAUAUGAGCUGAGGCCUCCAGGGGGCAGCACCAAGGCAGGGACUGGACUAAGAUCCCUCUGUCCUCAUGGACUGGGGCUCCCCACAGUUCCCCACCACCACCCCUCCCAUUCCGUCCAACUUUAUUUUUAGCCGCCAGUGGGAGGGGGCAGGAUAGGAGGGAAAGUAAAGAAAACAGCAAAGGAGAGGGACAGAGAGGCACAGAGGACUUCUUGAACCAGGCAGGACAAGCAGGCAUGGCGCGCCUCUCCUCUCCUCACCUGUUCUUGUCCCUGGCGUUGCUGACAGGUCUCUGCUCCCCCUUUAAUCUGGAUGAGCGCCAUCCACGCCUGUUCACAGGGCCACCAGAGGCCGAAUUUGGAUACAGCGUCUUGCAGCAUGUUGGGGGUGGACAGCGAUGGAUGCUGGUGGGCGCCCCUUGGGAUGGGCCUUCAGGUGACCGGCGGGGGGAUGUUUAUCGCUGCUCUAUAGGGGGAUCCUACAAUGCCCCAUGUGCCAAGGGCCACCUAGGAGACUAUCAACUGGGAAAUUCAUCUCAGCCGGCCUUGAAUAUGCACCUGGGCAUGUCGCUACUAGAGACAGAUGGUGAUGGGGGAUUCAUGGCCUGUGCCCCACUCUGGUCCCGUGCUUGUGGCAGCUCUGUCUUCAGUUCUGGACUGUGUGCCCGUGUGAAUGCUUCAUUCCAGCCCCAGGGAAGCCUGGCACCUACUGCCCAACGCUGUCCAACAUACAUGGACGUCGUCAUUGUUUUGGAUGGCUCCAACAGUAUCUAUCCCUGGUCUGAAGUUCAGACUUUCCUUCGGAGGCUGGUAGGGAGACUCUUUAUUGAUCCGGAGCAGAUACAGGUAGGACUGGUACAGUAUGGGGAGAGCCCUGUGCACGAGUGGUCCCUGGGAGAUUUCCGGACCAAGGAAGAAGUUGUGAGAGCAGCAAGGAACCUCAGCCGACGGGAGGGGCGAGAAACAAGAACUGCCCAAGCGAUAAUGCUGGCAUGCACAGAAGGGUUCAGUCAGUCCCGAGGGGGCAGACCUGAGGCUGCAAGACUGCUGGUGGUUGUCACUGAUGGGGAAUCUCAUGAUGGAGAGGAGCUUCCAGCCGCACUAAAGGCCUGUGAGGCUGGAAAAGUAACACGUUACGGGAUUGCGGUCCUCGGUCACUAUCUCCGGCGACAGAGAGACCCUAGCUCUUUCCUUCGGGAAAUCAGAGCUAUCGCCAGUGAUCCAGAUGAGCGGUUCUUCUUUAAUGUCACAGACGAGGCUGCGCUGACGGACAUUGUGGAUGCACUGGGAGACCGGAUAUUUGGUCUGGAGGGGUCCCGUGGGGAAAACGAAAGCUCCUUUGGGCUAGAAAUGUCUGAGAUUGGCUUCUCCACCCACCGAUUACAGGAUGGGAUUCUCUUUGGGAUGGUGGGGGCCUAUGACUGGGGGGGCUCGGUACUAUGGCUUGAAGAAGGUCGCCGCCUUUUCCCCCCACGAACGGCCCUGGAAGAUGAGUUUCCCCCUGCCUUGCAGAACCAUGCAGCCUACCUGGGUUACUCUGUUUCCUCCAUGCUUCUGCCCGGUGGCCGCCGCCUCUUUCUCUCGGGGGCACCGAGGUUUAGACAUCGAGGAAAAGUCAUCGCCUUCCAGCUAAAGAAAGAUGGGUCUCUGAGGGUCACCCAGAGCCUCCAGGGGGAUCAGAUUGGCUCAUACUUUGGCAGUGAGCUCUGCCCAUUGGAUACAGACAAGGAUGGGAUAACUGACGUCUUACUUGUGGCGGCCCCCAUGUUCCUGGGUCCCCAGAACAAAGAGACUGGACGUGUGUAUGUAUAUGUGGUGGGCCAGCAAAUUUUGCUGAUGCUCCAAGGAACCCUUCAGCCAGAACGUCCCCAGGAUUCUCGUUUUGGCUUUGCCAUGGCUGCUCUUCCCGAUCUGAACCAAGACGGUUUUGCAGAUGUGGCUGUGGGGGCUCCCCUGGAGGAUGGGCACCAGGGAGCACUAUACCUGUAUCAUGGAACCCAGAAUGGAAUCAGGCCCCAUCCUACCCAGCGGAUUGCUGCUGUAUCCAUGCCUCAGGCCCUCCGCUACUUUGGCCGAAGUGUGGAUGGCCGGUUAGACCUGGACGGAGAUGAUCUUGUAGAUGUUGCUGUGGGUGCCCAUGGGGCAGCCAUCCUGCUCAGCUCCCAGCCCAUCAUACACCUGCUGCCAACCCUGGAUGUGAGGCCCCCGCACAUCAGUGUGGUUCAAAAGGACUGUAGGCGAAGAGGCCAGGAAGCAGCCUGCCUCACUGCAGCCCUGUGCUUCCGAGUGACCUCUCACACUGCGGGGCGAUGGGACCGCAGAUUCUACAUCCAGUUCUCAGCAUCACUGGAUGAGUGGACAGCUGGGGCGCGUGCAGCAUUUGAUGGCUCCGGCCAGCGGCUGUCACCUCGGCAGCUCCAGCUCAGUGUAGGGAAUGUCACCUGUGAGCAGCUGCACUUCCAUGUACUGGAUACAUCAGAUUACCUCCGGCCAGUGGCCUUGACUGUGACUUUUACCUUGGACAACACCACAAAGCCAGGGCCUGUGCUGGAUGAGGGAUCGUCCACCUCUGUCCGAAAGCUGGUCCCCUUCUCAAAAGACUGCGGCCCUGACAAUGAAUGUAUCACAGACCUGGUACUUCAAGCAGACAUGGACAUCAGGGGCUCCAGGAAGUCCCCAUUUGUGGUUCAAGGUGACCGACAGAAACUGCUGGUAUCAGCAACCCUGGAGAACAAGAAGGAAAAUGCCUACAACACUAGCCUGAGUCUCAGGUUCUCUAGAAACCUCCACCUGACCAGUCUUACUCCUCAGAGAGCCAAAUCAGUGAAGGUGGAAUGUACUGUCCCUUCCCCCCAUGCCCGGGUGUGCAUUGUGGGCCAUCCAGUCUUCCAGGCGGGGGCCAAGGUGACCUUUCUGUUAGAGUUUGAAUUUAGCUGCACCUUCCUCCUGAGCCAGGCCUUGGUGAGGCUGACUGCGAGCAGCGAUAGCCUGGAGAGAAAUGAGACCCUUCAAGACAAUACAGUUCAGACCUCCGCCUACAUCCGAUACGAGCCUCACCUCCUGUUCUCUAGUGAGUCCACCCUACAUCGAUACGAGGUUCACCCUUACAGGACUCUCCCAGUGGGUCCUGGCCCUGAAUUCAAAACCACUCUAAGGGUUCAGAACCUUGGCUGUCAUGUGGUCAGUGGCCUCAUCAUCUCAGCCCUCCUUCCAGCUGUGGCCCACGGGGGCAGUUACUUCCUGUCACUGUCUCAAGUCAUCGCCAGCAAUGCAAGCUGCACAGUGCAGAAUCUGACUGAGCCCCCAGGACCCCCUGUGCACCCAGAGGAGCUUCAGCACACAAACAGACUGAAUGGGAAUAACACUCGGUGUCAGGUGGUGAGGUGCCACCUUGGACAGCUGGCAAAGGGGACUGAGAUCUCUGUUGGACUGCUGAGGCUAGUUCACAACGAAUUCUUCCGGAGGGCCAAGUUCAAGUCUCUGACGGUGGUCAGCACCUUCAAGUUAAGAACCGAUAAGGGCAGUGUCCUACAGCUGAUGGAAGCUCCCUCCUGGAGUGAGAGCCUCUUGGAGGUGAUUCAGAGCCCCACCGCCCCCAUCUCCCUGUGGAUCCUUGUGGGCAGCAUCCUGGGAGGGUUGCUCCUGCUUGCUCUCCUUGUCUUCUGCCUGUGGAAGCUUGGUUUCUUUGCCCGUAAGAAAAUCCCCAAGGAAGAACCCACUGAUGAGAAGCUGGAGCAGUGACUGCAGAAGGGUCAGAACGUCCUCCUUGGCAGCCUUUGCAAAAAACGAGGCUUGGAGGCACAGAGGGGAAAGGAUGCUUCUGGAAUAUGUCUCCAGACCUGCAGCCUGACUUGACUUUUGAGCCAUGGGUAUGCUGCUGGCAAGAGAUGAGGCUUUGCCUCAGACACGAAGGGCUGGCACCAAAACACAUAGUGUCCCCACCCUGUGCUUUCCUCCUGGCCCUGACGGGGUUCCACAGUCAACAUUGGGUCUUCGUUUGGUACCCUAUCUUCUCCCAUCACAAGGGGGUCGAAGGAUUUUUUUCCUGACACCUUCAGAUGCCAUUUGUCCUCCCUUGCAAUUCCGAAAAGGUUCUCCUCCACACCCCCACACCCCCCACACCCUCUCACCUUCCUGCCUGCUCCCCACUCCGCAGGAGAGAGCUGACGUUGACUUAAAAGAAGUAAAGUCAACAUCUGCGGCUCUCCUGUGGAGUCUAGUGAUUCAUAGAGCCGGACGGGGAGAGUCAACAGGAAAAGAGGGAGGAGAAAAAGCCACAAGAGACAUUCUGUACAAUUCCAAGGCACAGAGAAGCGUUCAGACAGGCAACCGCCAGCUCUCCUGAAACCUGAGACCUCAUGGGACGCCCGCCCUCAGGUGCCGGGGAAACCCAGCUUGCCCCCGGGCUCUCUGAGCUUCAGCCUCCCAACCCUCGUCUUUCUUUAGGAGCAAAGCCAGGACCUGGCCCUGAGUUUUCUGGAACCAGGUUCCCCCUGGUGGCUCAAAUUGGAAUAGCAGGGAGCUCAUUGGCAGCAUUCCCCUCUUUGCGGCUUCCUUAGAGAAAGCGGCUUGAUGGUGGGAAGCCCUUUUGCCACACCAGUUUGGGAAAUAGCAGCCGCUGCGAGAUCCAAACGAAGGGGAUCUGCAUCAAGAAACCUAAGUGGUUGGCAUGAGACCUCGGGGGAGUAAGCCCUUUCUUGUCCAGCAUCAGCUGGCUUUAUAGCAGCAGUACUGUCUCCCUGGAAGAUCUUUCUGGGACUCGUGUCGUGUGUCGUGGCGUGCGUGGGUUUCUCUGCUGGAGUGAGUUUUCAGCCUUAUUUGAUGUUUACUGGAAAACUCAAGUUAACUCUGAAUUCCCUCCCUCUUGUCCAAUGUUUUGGUUCAUGGGCGACUGGAAUUCUCAUAGUAACCAGGAAACUUGUUUUUUAUUGUAAGACUUUGAACGGCAAAGUCAAUUGCGGGUCGCCAGAGUUCAGCUCUGAUGGACCGAUACCCUCAGUCGGAGAAGAGAGGAGAUCUGAUUGGGCCCCUGCCACAGAACCUGUCUUCCCAGGCUGUUCUCCAGGCCUGUCUGCGGUAUUUAUUUUGGUGUCUCUGGUCUUCGGCAGAGCCGCCCUCUGUGGGUAUUGUCGUUUCUACCACGGUGAUCAGAUGGUCAGAACAAAUAAAAUCCAGUAUC